CUCCUCAGAUAUUUUUACUCAUGAUUUAUGAUUAUAAGAGCACAAUGGAGGAUGAAGAGAAUCUAGCAGCAUCUUUCGGGACUUGGGACUAUGUGGUUUUCGCUCUCAUGCUGGUCAUCUCAGCAGUUAUCGGUGUUUAUUAUGCUUUUGCCCAACGCAAAUCGCAGACCACCAGGGAUUUUUUGGUGGCUGGCCAGAGUAUGACAGCUGUGCCCAUUGCUCUGUCACUGACGGCCAGCUUCAUGUCAGCCAUCACUGUGCUGGCAACUCCAGUAGAGGUGUACCUUAAUGGGGCAAUUUACGUUUUAAGCUGCUUAGGCUUUGUCCUGAUGGUGGUCAUCAGCUCAGAGUUCUUCCUCCCUAUCUUCUACAGGCUGGGAAUAACCAGCACUUAUGAGUACCUGGAACUGCGGUUCAACAAAGUGGUUCGGCUGUUUGGGACAGUCCUGUUCAUCAUUCAGACAUUAGUGUACACUGGAGUGGUUAUCUAUGCACCAGCUUUGGCUUUAAACCAAGUGACAGGCAUAAGUCUGUGGGGUGCCUUGAUAUCAACUGGACUGGUGUGUACCUUCUACUGCACCUUGGGAGGGUUCAAGGCUGUAGUGUGGACUGACGUGUUCCAAAUGAUCAUCAUGCUGGCUGGGUUCCUGGCUAUCAUCAUCCAAUCAGUGCUUCUACAGGGUGGGGUCUCUGUCAUCUUUAAAGACUCUGCUGAUGGUGGACGACUCAACCUAUGGGACUUUGAUCCCAGCCCUCUGAGAAGGCACACCUUCUGGACUGUCAUCAUUGGCAGUACAUUUAUCUGGACCAGUAUGUAUGGCAUUAAUCAAGCUCAGGUCCAGAGAUACAUGUCCUGCAAGACACUUCUCCAUGCUAAAAUGUCUCUGUAUAUAAACUUGGUGUCACUCUGGGUCAUUCUUCUGUCUUCGGUAUUUUGUGGUUUGUGUUUGUAUUCAUUUUACAAAAACUGUGACCCAUGGACUACAAAAAUGGUGUCUUCUCAUGACCAGCUAAUGCCGUACCUGGUGUUGGACAUCUUGGGGGACUUCCCUGGCAUUCCUGGCCUGUUUGUGGCAGCUGCAUACAGUGGCACACUGAGCACAGUCUCCUCCAGUGUGAAUGCUCUAGCUGCAGUGACAGUUUCAGAUCUGAUAAAACCAUAUUUCAGCUUGUCAGAGCAAAAACUUUCCUGGGCAUCAAAAGGACUGAGUGUGUGCUAUGGUGUAGUGUGCAUUGGGCUGGCUGCUCUUGCAUCCUUGAUGGGAGGAUUAUUACAGACCACCAUCAGUGUUGUUGGUACUCUUAAUGGACCUCUACUUGGCCUCUUCUCUUUAGGCAUUCUGUUUCCCUCUGCUAAUUCCAAAGGAGGUUUGGCUGGACUGGUCACUGGGUUAGCUGUGUCACUCUGGAUUUGUGUUGGAGCCCAGUUCUACCAGCCCUCACCAGAGAAUACCAGAUCUCUUCCUCUACAGACAUACGGCUGCAACAUGACCACAGAUAAAAAUAACUUAAUGAACUGGACUAACUACUCAACACAGGCAAGCUAUGUCACCUCAGCUGAGCAGGGCAAAGCUGUGGACAGGCCUCUGCUGGCUGAUUACUGGUACUCACUGUCUUACUUGUAUUUCUGCCCUAUUGGGACUUUAGUUUGCAUAGUGAUUGGACAGAUUGUGAGUUUGUUCUCAGGGGGCAGAACAUUAAAACCAGAACCAGGCCUAACAUUAACAAAGGAGGAUUUAACCUGUUACAGAAUCUACAAAAUGCUGAAGGGAAAGGUCACAGGAAAUGCAGGCAAACUUGACCUGGUUAUGGAGAAUGAGAAAUCUGGCAAAACUAACCUUGCAUAUAGUGAUGUGGAGCUAAAUAUCACAAACAUUCAGACAUCCAAAACUCUUGCAUAGGACAUUUUUGUUGCCUCUGCAUUCCUUUUUUCAGGACUUCACCCUGUCAGAUUAACUUGUCCAUAGCUUCUGUUUCUGGUAUGGUGUGUUCCUGUCACAAGUCUCGAUCAUUUCAUCAAACUCUGACAGCUACACUAAUUGCCCAUAUUUAUAUCGCAUAUUUUUAUUGUCAAGCUUGUUUAUAAUAAAUGCUUUGGAUAUUAACUAGCUUUAUCUAACUUAAAACUUUUUAUUAAAAAUAAACUUUCUUUUUUAUUAAAACAUAAUUAAAAUUAUAUAUAUUUAUGGGGGGUGGCCUUGGGAUAAAGGUGCUUGUACGUCCACUCCUGGGAAGAUCGACAGCUGUCUUAAAUGCUUUCCACUUGUGAAUAAGCUUUCUUGUUGAAGAAUGUUGAACUCCAAAUUGUAUAACACUUUCCAUAUUGGUGUGCAGAAGCAAUAGCUCUUCAAGGCUACUGCUUAUGUCUUGCCACUUGGCAUUGUGUUAACACAGAGGCUACCUGAAUGCUCCAGACCAGUAAACUGCCAAAACGUCUGCUUUUAUAAAGAGCUGCACACCUGCUGGUGAUCAAUUAAUCAAGGGCCGAUGAUUAGCAGCACCUGGUUAUAACUUACCCUCUUAAAGCCUGUG